GGGUUUGGUUUUGCGUUGACUCUGGAGUGUGUUGUUGUUCUUCUGGCCGGCGGGGAUGAUGGAGCUUUCAGCAUCAGACUCUGAAUCUGAAGAUCAUGCCCAGCCUUUACUUCGCCGGAAAGACACCGAAGACAUCCAGAAAGCUCCUGCAUGCGGCUCCUCUCGAUACGGGUUGGCAUUUUUGUCGUGUUAUGGCUUCUUUGUGGCAUAUGCCCUCAGGGUGAACCUUAGUGUGGCAAUGGUGGACAUGCUGAAAAACAGUUCAACGGCAAACACCAGUUCCUCCAUCUGCCCUCCUCACAACAUCCCUGUACCCAAACACAAUCACACCGCCAGGGUGUAUGACUGGAACUCAGAGACCCAGGGCUGGAUCCUGGGCUCUUUUUUCUAUGGAUAUAUAAUUACUCAGAUACCAGGUGGUUACUUGGCACGCAAGUAUGGUGCCAAGUGGCUGUUGGGUCUCGGCAUCCUCUGCACUGUGAUCUUUACUCUGUUGACUCCGUUAGCCGCUGAUCUGGGAGCAGGAUACCUCAUCGCUGUCAGGGUGCUGGAAGGCAUUGGGGAGGGAGUGACGUAUCCGGCAAUGCAUGCUAUGUGGGCAUCAUGGGCUCCACCUCUGGAGAGAAGUCGACUGCUCACUAUAUCUUACACAGGUGCUCAGCUUGGAACUGUAGUGGCCCUUCCUCUUUCUGGACAGAUCUGUUUCUAUCUAGACUGGACAUAUGUUUUUUAUAUAUUUGGAGCUGUUGGCCUUCUUUGGUUUUUUCUUUGGAUUUGUUUCGUCAGCAACAGUCCCAGCUCACACAAAAGAAUCACAGAGGCUGAAAAGACCUACAUAAUGUCAUCUUUAAAGAAUGAACUGUCCCCAACCACAGAUUACAUCCCAUGGACAUCAAUCUUCAAGUCUAUGCCAUUAUGGGCCAUAGUUGUGGCACAUUUCUCUUACAACUGGACCUUUUAUACUUUGCUGACUCUCUUACCCACCUACAUGAAUGAUGUGCUCGGCUUCAGCAUUCAGCAGAAUGGGAUGCUCUCGGCCCUGCCUUAUCUUGGUUGUUGGCUGCUGGCUUUACUGGGCGGUCAGUUGGCGGACCUCCUGAGAGAGAGGUUUCUUUUCCGCACCGUCAUUGUGCGCAAGGCUUUCACUGUAAUAGGAAUGGCAGGACCAGCCGUCUUCCUGGUGGCAGCAGGAUACACUGGCUGUAACUACAUCCUGGCUGUGGCCUUCCUCACCAUCUCUUCCUCUCUAGGAGGAAUUUCAGCCUCUGGAUUUAACAUCAACCAUCUGGACAUUGCUCCCUCUUAUGCUGGGAUUUUGCUGGGAAUUACAAACUCAUUUGCCACUAUACCUGGCAUGGUCGGCCCUGUGAUAGCAAGAUCUUUGACCAAAUCUAACACUAUUCCGGAGUGGCAAAUUGUCUUCUACAUCUCUGCAGCAAUUAAUAUUUUUGGAGCCGUUUUCUUCACAAUAUUUGGCAAGGGUGCAGUCCAACCUUGGGCUGUCCAGACAAUACACAUCCAGUGAGACUUGACUACAGUUAGCCAAUUCUUAAAGGCCAAAGGGACGUACGUAUUUUAAAUUCCAUAGAGAUUUUAUAGGUAAUUGCAUAUGGUUUGCAAACUAAUGAAUAUUGCACAAUCAAGAUUUUAAUGAGUUAAUUUGAGCUAUUUUAUAUUGGUGAUAUCUGUAUUAGUUAUAAAUGUCAGUUGUUUAGACAACUUUUUUUGUUUUAAUGAAAUUGUAAAUGAAGGGAAGAAUACAAAAGUGUCUUUAUGGUACAAUUAGCCAUGAUAAGGAGAUAAAGGGUUUAACUACACAACCUCAAAAGGAUCAAAGGAGUUCCUGAAUUAACCCUUUAUGUAGCGCACUCAUUGAAAUACUCAGUGAAAAAAAAAAUUGGCGUGUUACUGGGAGUUGAUACAAGACUUCUGAACUUAAUUUUAUGUUGCACGCAACAUCAGUGAAGUGGAACCCACCCAGCAGGCACAGGACAUCAGAUUGACGUUGUACUCCACCAUCAUGGGAAAGUUGUAUUUUGUUUGGAAAUGAAAAUCAGGCCGACAUCAAUGUCCAACUUCCAUCCUAAAAUUAACCAAAUAUCUGCAUCGAAUGAUGUUACCACUUUGACAUCUAUCUGACGUUGAAUUUUGGUUGCCAUACCUGAUGAAUAAAUGUCAGUAUUUGACUUCAAUAUGACAUUGUCCUUAGACUCUGGCUAGACAGUGAAUUUUGGUCACCUGACAUUACAACUUAAAUCUAACCGAAUUUAAAGUCUUAUGAUGUUGUGUGCCCUCUGGGAAGUCUUUGCCAGAUAAAGGGUUAAUAAGACAUACAGAACUCUUUUAGAGAAUUGUUUUAGACAUUUAAAGUGCAACCAGAAAUAUAAAUGAGCUGUUAAAUGACUUACCUUCAACCCAAGUCGUAUUUUUUAGAAGAUCUAUAGAAGAUUUUAUCUGAAACUGGGGUCCUUGUGGAUUUAUAAAAUGUAGGCCAGUAGCUACUUUUUUGCACAAACUGUUAUUUUGCAUCACAAGACCUCAAUGUAUUAUCAGGAGCCACAUGUAUUGAUUUUGUUGUAAUGAUGUUUUUAAAACCCUCCAAAUGUCAAAAUGUUUGCUUUUCAAAUCUGUUGAUUUGCAUUUUAUGAAUCAUUAAGGACCAAAGUUUCAGCUAAAUAUAUAUAUGGAUGGAGUUAAGUAAAUUAACAGCAAUAUUAAAUUAUUGUGUGUGAACUAUCCGUUUUAAGACUUGUAAGUCCAAAUGCAGUUACUAUUUAAGUACUGAAUUGUUAAAUCAGUUCUGUUUUUAAUAUUUCAAAUAAUCCUUAAAAAUAGAACUUGGAUUAUUUAGCAGAAUCUUUUAUGAUUCACAUCCUUAUGGAAUAUGCCUUACUGUAGACCUGAUUAGCACAACACAACACCAUGUCCAAGCAACAGGUCCAAGAGAAGCCAUGCCUUGUUUUUACAUUUUAACCUUUGUGCACAGUAGCAGACAAAUGAUUUGUUUACAAUUUUUCUUGUUUUUGUGCAAUCCAGUGAUAUGACAGCUAAAACCUAUGUAAACACUGUUAUGUAAUCUGUCAAGAUGAUGCAACACGAUGCCUAUCAAAUGUGUAUACAUAAUAAAGCUACUGUUGAGUUGA